CCGGCUAUGUCGGGGAAACAUCGGGUGUAACAUCAGAUGAGCAUUGAAGCUGCCCGCAGCAGCCUACACCCACAACAACAGCAAAUCCGAUUUCGAGAUGAACCCUUCCCAACCUGGCGGACGUUCCGUUUUUUUUCCUAUCAAAUUGAAUGUCAUAGGAUGGUCAUAGCAAGCGGGGUAAAUUUACUGAUUGCUUCGCUGCACUAAACAGCCGCUGCGUAUCAGACAGUGCGCGCAAUCAUUCGCGCCCCUUUCGCAAUACUCGGUUUAAUACCAUCCUGGGUGCAGUUCAAUUCGUGCCAAUUUGCCAUAGGUGGAAGUUCGUUUGUAUGCUGCCCUGCUUUCCUGAGGCACCGAGGUUGUGGCAAAUUUUAACGCAAUAAGGUUCAAUGUCACGUACAGGUGGAACAGGACGGAGGGAUACAUAGGUUUGAAUGCUGUUGGUAAAAUGUCGGCGAGAGAAAUUCAAGAGCAUGACUGUCCGUCCGCUGCUGGUGGGAGCCUGUGUGUGAGAAAUAUGCUCUGAAUAUUAGCUGCGAUACUGUCUGAGAUUUAAUCGAACAGGCAGGAUUUUGUGUCGAACCGCCGCUCCACAGGUACGGAGGACCCUCUGCCUGCCUACCGAACGUAAUCCUAUUCUUUCUGCUUGAGUACACCGCACGGAUGUGAACAGAAGUUGGGAACAGGAUGCCUGUGUGUGAAACAUAAAGGAUCCUAUUACAUUCAAUAUUCUUCGUGUGCCAAUUUAACUGAACCGAGUGAAACAGCGUGGAAACCAUAAACCAAAAAAAGAACUCUUCACGUUAAUGGAUCAUUGUAUGUUGUGAACGGAAACUGCACCGUGUGAAGUCCAAUCAUCCCGGCAACUUGAGCAACUGUUCAACAGGAACGAAUCAGCUGUUUAUCUGUGCUUGAAGCGUUUGUGCAGAAGAACAGACGUUUGCGGUUCCUUAACAUCACAAAACAACCAGAUCAUAUUGCAGCAUUGUGCAGCAUCCAGUGGAGCUCGCGGCAUGAAUUUGGGUAGUUCCGGUGGAGGCGGUACCGGCACCUCAGCGAACACUUCUGGCAGCAGCGGCGCUAGCGGAGGAUCGUAUUCGGCCGUCUGUGGUGGUGGUGGUGGCGUUGGUACCGGAAGUGCAAACAGUGCUAACGUGAGUGCGGCAGCAGGCAGCGGCGGUUACGGUAGCGGUAGCGGAGGGUCCGGCAGUGAGAUGCCUGCAGAAAUCAUUCGCCCAAAGGUUGUAACGGUGAAGCACCCGGAAUCGAACAAGCCGAAACCGACCACUAAGAAGGGGAAAGCGAUCCAGGCCGAUGUGGACGUUAUCAAAGAGUUUCAGCGCUGCAAGGAGGAGAACAUUCAGCGGCUCGAUUUGAGUAAAUCCUCCAUCACCGUCAUACCCGCUUCGGUGAAAGAUUGCACCAGCUUGGUGGAGUUUUAUCUGUACGGCAAUAAGAUCUCUUCCCUUCCACCGGAGAUUGGCUGCUUGGCGAAUCUAAAAACGUUGGCAUUGAAUGAAAAUUCGCUCACGUCGCUACCUGAUUCACUGCAAAACCUGAAACAGCUGAAGGUGCUCGAUCUGCGGCAUAACAAGCUGUCGGACAUACCCGAUGUGAUCUACAAGCUGCACACCUUGACUACCCUGUAUUUGCGCUUCAAUCGGAUCCGUGUGGUAGGUGACAAUCUGAAAAAUCUUAGCAAUCUGACGAUGCUCAGCUUGCGCGAGAACAAAAUCCACGAGCUACCGGCAGCGAUCGGUCAUUUGGUUAAUCUAACGACGCUUGAUCUGUCGCACAACCAUCUGAAACACCUGCCAGAGGAGAUUGGUAACUGUGUCAACUUGACUGCACUGGAUCUGCAGCACAACGAUCUGCUGGACAUACCGGAAUCGAUAGGAAAUUUGUCGAACUUAAUGCGGCUCGGGCUACGCUACAACCAGCUCACGUCAAUUCCCGUUUCGCUGAAGAACUGUACGCAUAUGGACGAGUUUAACGUGGAAGGGAAUGGUAUCAGUCAGCUACCGGAUGGGCUGUUGGCCAGCUUGAGCAACUUGACUACGAUCACCCUCUCACGGAACGCGUUCCACAGCUAUCCUUCCGGUGGACCUGCGCAGUUCACGAAUGUGACGAGCAUCAAUCUGGAGCACAAUCAAAUCGACAAGAUACAGUAUGGAAUUUUUUCCCGUGCCAAAGGUUUAACGAAGCUGAACAUGAAAGAAAAUGCACUGACCUCGUUGCCGCUCGAUAUCGGUACGUGGACGCAGAUGGUGGAGCUAAACUUUGGCACAAACUCGCUGACGAAGCUUCCGGACGACAUACACUGCCUGCAAAACCUGGAAAUACUGAUCCUGUCUAAUAAUUUGCUGAAACGAAUACCGAACACGAUAGGCAACCUGAAGAAGCUGCGCGUGCUUGAUUUGGAAGAGAACCGACUGGAGUCGCUUCCAUCGGAAAUCGGCCUGUUGCACGAUUUGCAGAAACUGAUCCUACAGUCCAAUCAGCUCAGCGCAUUACCGCGCACCAUCGGUCACCUGACGAAUCUGACGUACCUGUCGGUUGGGGAGAACAAUCUACAGUUUUUGCCGGAGGAGAUCGGCACGUUGGAAAACCUGGAAUCGCUUUACAUCAACGAUAAUCCGUCGUUAAUCAAGCUUCCUUACGAGCUGGCCCUGUGCCAGAAUCUUGCGAUUAUGAGUAUCGAAAACUGUCCCCUGUCGGCACUUCCACCGGAAGUGGUCAGCGGUGGUCCGAGCCUUGUAAUACAGUACCUUAAACUUCAUUCUCCAUACCGACAGAUGUGAUUUGCUGGCUGAGGGACCGCUGUAUGCCACGAGCGAUUUGUUUAUGCUUUGUAUACGUACAAACAUGCUGUUCAUCACCGUGCCCCAUGGAUCAUUGUGCUCUUCGGCCUAGCCUUGGAGAGGUUUGGUUAAUGCAUAUAUGUGUUGUUCGUGCUCAAACGAAAGUCCACCUUUUUCCUGCACUGUUUUCCGUUCGAAGUGAAGACAAUUCAAAACCAUAAACCCACUUCGUUCCUUCGAGACAAAAAACACCCAAAAAAAUUCGAACGAAAAGAAAUCACAGAACGAAAUGCGUUUAAGUGCAUAUCAUGUGCACGCAUGGAAAACACAUACACACAAAACAAAUUGAAUCAAUGUGAUUAAAAUAAAGCUUUAAUGUUAUUGCUUAUUAAACGAAACAAAACAAAAGAAACACAUAAAACGUACAACUGCGUGGAACCGUCAAAUUAGCGCAGAGUGCAGAUUAUAAAUGAAGUGCAGUACCCAUGUGGUAUAUCAUGGACAUAUUACCAAAAACAAAAAAACGAAGCGGUAAACUACAAUGAACAUCGAUAUUGUUUCUUAAACUCUGUGCGUGUGUGUGUGUGCACGAAAGAUACUUUCGAGACGAUCUCCUGUUCCUGUUGUGUUUUGCUAAAUUAAUACAUGUGGACAAAGGAAACUUUUUUUAAUUUGUGUUCUGAAGCAGUGUGAAUAAUAAGAACAAAUGUGACAAUAGUGAUAGAAGCUUGCACGUGACGUGUGAGUGUAUUUAUUGUGUUUCACUUGAAAGCAGUUUUGGUGAAAAAAAAGUGAUGAUUAUUUGGCGAGAAAAAGAGGAAAUUUGUGUUUAUGCUUGCGUAGCAACUGCCAAUGGAGGGAUGUGGAACGUCACAAGGAGUUACAAAAUUGACUUCUUGAUUGCAUGUCUCGGUUUGCUGCACUGGCACAUGUGUUUGUACUGAAUUAAAUCGAUACUCAACGGAAUGCACAUCGUACGCUGGGAAAAGAUAAUUUUCACGAGCUAUUCUACUUUUGCGUGUCUUUUUUUAGACAUUUGUUCACAUGCAGCGCACAUUUUAAUGUUUUAUUUGAUGCUUUAUGAUCAUUGAUUGAUCAUUGAUUGAUUUAUUGCAUUGACUCUUUCGGAAGGGAGGAUUCGCGCGUAUACUGAGCCAUCAGUUAUACCAGAAUGGUAACGAUUUUAUUCGCUUUUAAAACAUUGUUGUCACAAGUUCUAGUGACGUUCUUAAGUUAAAUUCCGUUAUAGUUUGAUAAGGGCAGUAAAAAUACGUAAACGGUUCCAUAUGUUAUUAACUGAUAAAGAUGUAAUAUUUGCAGAAAUGUCGCAAAGAAUUAUUUCAUGUUUGGUGGCAUAUUUUGUACGAAUAAAGCCAUUUAUUUGGAGCGAUUGCGAUUACCCAAUGCAGCGAAAAAGAGUUUUGGUUUGAAAGUUAGUUUUGAAGAAAAUGCAAUAUGAGGAAUUCGAGUUUACAUAAUGAAACGAACUGCAACGAAUUUAAAGCUUUUGAACGAGUGAACGGAAACAGAAAAAAGGAAUAGUUGGAAUUAAACGUACGCUAGAAGUAAUGUUUAUAGAACUUGAUAUAGUUGUUAGUAUGUGAUGCACUCAUAAGAUGCUUAUUUGACUAUGCGUUUUAAGGGAAAGGUCGAAUUAUGAACAUUUCAAACAUUGGUUUUGCGGAUACGUAUCAAAGCGUCAUUUUAAUCUAGUCAUAAUUCAAUAAUUUUUUGGUUAAUUCUGUUGCACAUCGUGUGAUCUGAGGCUAAAUUAAUGAUAAAUGUAAAAAAGAGACGAAAACAAACACACACACACGCAUAAAACAGAAAAAAGUCGUUUAGGUUGGUAAAAAAAUGAAAGAAAAUUAACAAUCCUGUACACAGUGAACAUUAAAAGAAAUGGAGCGGAAUGCAUACAUGGCCUAAAUAAUAAAUGUAGCGAUGAAAAGAGAAUACAUAAAUGUACACUACUUGAGAAGUAAGUCAACAAAAACAAAAAAAAACAAAACUAAACAAGUAAAAAACGCAGUAAAUAAGCACUAAAAUUAUUUUUAAAAAAUGUAAUGUGUACAUUGAGAAUGGUUGAUCGAUAAUUGUUGCGUAAAGAUGACGGUGUAACACAUGACGUAAGAGGAAGACGAAGUAUUAGUUUAAAUGUUGUAAUGAAAUGAUGUGCACAUAAUAGCAACAACGUUGCCCCAACUAUCCUUGAUAUGGUCAGUUAUUUCAUGCAGUCACGAUGUAAAGGAUUGCUAUAAUAACAAUAUAUAACAGACUACUGAUUCGGCUAUAUAAGCUAUAAUCCGGUGUGUAUUCGUCGAAGAUCGAAUUUAACAGCAAAAAUGGAAUUGACAUAAUUCUAGUAAGAUACAUAAUUAAUAUGAAUGUCAUUCCGCUUUGCCAAGAAAACCAAAAACGAAUGAAAAUGGCGGAACGAGAGCUUUUUUAAAUUAUGCAAUUGCACACAUUAUUGCAAAAUAACGACAACAAAACCACAUACACACUAUCUUCAUUUGUUUGUGUUGCUCAUUUUGCUGUAUCCUUAUUUGUUUAGGCGCAAUAAUAGUUCGAGUGCCAUAUGCAUAAUUUAUGUGUGAACAAAAUAGAAAAACAAAAAGUAAAAAAACAACCCAAACCUCAAAGAUUUCAUUUUGCUAUGGUUUUAUAAAACUGGUUUAUUGCCUUUAUGUUAUAUUAACGCUACGUAUUUCCAAAGCAUGUGGAACGUGAUGGUAGUUAGACAGCCGAUGGCCAUCAUGGUACUACUAAACAUACUGCAAAUAUCCAAAAAUCUGACAAAACAAAGAACUGUCGUUUGUUGAUGGCUUAACAGUUACGAACCACAAAAGAAGAAUCAAAUAGCGGAAACUAUAUUUUAAUAUUGGCGAUGACAGUCUUGUAGCACAUACAAGCGGAAAGGGAUCUAAAAAAUCAGACGUUAUCCGGAAGCAUAGCAUAGCACGUAAGAUAAAGCCAGUAACUAAAUGUAUGAUUAUGCUAAGAGCAACAAAAUAUAUUAAAAUUUGUAUGUAAAAUAAGAUAGACUACCAUGAUCUUACAUAAGAUAUGGAAAUAUACAUCGUGUAUUUUACUAGCAAAGCUCGGAAAGGCAUUGGAAAAGAAUUGGUUAGAGCUCGUAGGGAGUGAAAGAAGCUGGAAGAAGGAAACGAUAAUGUAAUGCGCACACAAAUAAAGUAUUCUGAUUCGUAUAGCUUAAGCAGAACUAUUCGGAGAAUGGAAGUA